AUGUCACAGAUCGCACCACAGGGUGGACCGAUUAGACCUCCAGCUCAGGGAAGGAUGUAUACCAUCAUGAGAGGACAGGCUCAGGAUGCGCAUAAUGUGAUUACAGGUACAGUUUCGUUGAACGACCAUGCUGUUUAUGCUUUGUUUGACCCUAGCACCACUCAUUCCUUUAUAGCUGAGCCGUUUGUUAAGCUGAUAGGAUUAAGUCCUGAAUUGUUGGAGUUAGUGAUUAGCAUAUCUACACCGUUAAAGGAUAGGGUGUUAGUUGCAUUGGGUUGUUUUGGUUGCAAGUUAGUGAUUGAGGCCACCCGUUUGUUAGAUGGGGGUUGUCAAGGUUACUUGGCGACUGUCGUGGAUAUGACAGUCGAUGAGCUGAAGCUAGAAGAUAUAUCAGUGGUUCAAGAGUUUUCAGAUGUGUUUCCUAAAGAUUUGUCAGGUCUACCGCCAGAGAGGGAGAUCAAGUUUGUGAUUGAGCUAGAACCCGGGACAGAGCCAAACUCUAAGGCUCCUUACCGGAUGGCGUUGUAUGAAUUGAAGGAACUGAAGGUGAAGGAAUAUCAGUGGACCCGUCCAAGAUUGAAGCAGUGA